AGUACAAUACUUUAAAUUCCUCCAAUGUGUCUUUGCAGGGUGUGCCACAUUUUAGACAAGAACCCGCGCAUGAUCAGACGCUGCGAUAAACAGAUCAGCCUGAACUUUCGCUUAAUUUUAUUUUCUGUGCCAUUUGUGAUCGAUUGAAAGCAGAACAACCGGAUUCACAUUGACUGCUCAAAGCCUGAGAGGAAACAAGGACUGACAUUUAUACUUCUACUAUUGAAUCCUAAAGAUGGCUGCGCAGCUACAGAAACUCGUUGCACAGAAGAAAGAUAUGGUGGAGAACAUCAUGGAAGUGUUUGAACAGGGUGCAGAAGUGGCGGCCAGUAUCGUUGGGGAUCUCUUCCCAGUGUUCUCCAUCGCAGCUCCGAUCGUAAGGCUGGCGCUAGACAACGUUGAAAGCAAAGAAGCCGAAUACAUGAAGGAGCAGUUCCAGAAAGUGCGAGACCGCCUGGAAGUCGUUUCAGAAGAAGUCCAGCAGAUAAACCAGGAGAUCAAGAAAAGUGGAGUCGAUGCCACCUACUUCACCGUGGAGGAGAAUCUGACCAACCAGUUCCGCAAGUUCAUGGAUGUCCUGAAUGCCAAGCCCAAAUUCAGAGAGGUCAGGAAGAAGACGUUCCUGGACCACUUCAACAGGACAGGCGGUGAUAAAAACCUGCACACUCUUUAUAGCGCAGUAACAGGAGAUAACUUCUCAGGAGAGUCUGUGCUGGAGAUCACUCUGAAUUACGAGCAAAAGAGCCGAAGGGCAGUGGAGGAGUAUUGCGCUACGCUCAAGAAGUUAUUCUGCGUCGGUUUGAUCGCCCUACUGGGACACGCAGCACUAAAAGGCGACGAUGAGGAGGAGAAGUUGCUUCAAGAGUGGAAGGAGAAGAUGGAAGUAGUCCAGUCGAAAAUGAUUGUUGUGAUUGAAGACUGCAUUAAUAGCUUUCCUACACAAUCUGAGCUGGACGCCAAACGCAUAGUGAGAGACCAAAGCGACAAAAGCAACCAGCAACUGGCCGACAUUCUGGUAGAGCACCUAAAAAAGAAGUACGACUGGGUGUGCUGGUCAGUCCGCAUCUUUAACUCACCGACUGGACUGUUCACCAACAAGAAAGACUUCCAGGGUUUGACAGGGAAGAGUCGCUUUCAGGUGCCGGCGUCUGAUGACAAACUCAACGUUGUGGUUUCUUACAGUGCCUCGCCUGAGCCUGUCGAUAAAGCCCGGAUACAGAGUCUGGUUGUGGAGCAGAAGAAGCUUCCGAUGACGCAGUUGGCUGAACUUCUGUUUGAGAUGAUUCCCGUCUGUGUGGUUCACACAAUCAAGACCUCAUGUAAAGAUUUGGGUUAUUCCACCAGCUUCUCUGAUGAGUUGCACCUCUUUGAGGAGUAUAAGAACUUCUAUGUGUUUCUUCAUUCUGCUUAAAUGAGACAAUUAUGAUAAACAGCUGAGCUAAAGGGGUGUUGCACAAAAGCAAGAUAAGGGAUUGAGCUGGGAUUGUCAAUACAUCCUGGCUGAUUUUAGUCUUGGUGAAGUUACUUCAUGAAAGCAAGUUAAAUUAGGCCAAAUUUAGCUAUUGAGAUAACAACCAGUCUAAGAUUAAUCCUAGUGAUUUAUCUGCUGGUUUUGCUGUCAGUGUUACUAGAAAUAAAUGCGUUUUAGUCACAACGUUGUUUUUUUUUUUUGCUGAUAUAUCAAAAUAUCAUAUAAAGAGAUUAAAUAAAUCAAAAGAAAAAUCGUAAAUGAAUUAAAUUAAUAAGUAUAUACUACCUGGCAAAAGUCUUGUCGCCUAUCCAAGUUUUAGGAACAACAAACAAUAUCUUGACUUCUAGUUGAUCAUUUGGUAUCAGAAGUGGCUUAAAAGGUAAAGGCCUCAAGAUUACGCUUAUUUUACCGAAAUAACAUAUGAUCAUGCCUUGAUUUUUAAUAAUUUAAUUAGGACAAUAAGGUCUGACUUUGAAAAGUCUUGUCACUUAACAGAUAUAAAUGUACAGUAUGGAAUAUAAAGUCAUGGUGCAGUGGAUUUGUGUAUGAUAUUGUGUUUGACUCCCAUGAGCUUGGAGGACUGCAUCCAUACAUCUCUGCAAUGACUCAAAUAAUUUAAUAAAGUCAUCUGGAAUGGCAAAGAAAGCAUUCUUGUAGGACUUGAGUUCAUCAAGAUACUUUGAAAUGAUAUUCAAUGCCUCCUCCUUCAUCUUACCCCAGACAUGCUCAGUAAUGUUCAUCUCUGAUGACUAGGCCGACCAAUCCUGGAGCACGUUGGCCUUCUUUGGUUUUAGGAACUUUGAUGUGGAGGCUGAAGUAUGAGAAGGAGCGCUAUCCUGCUGAAGAAUUUGUUGUUUGUAAUGUGAUGGGCAGCACAAAUAUCUUGAUACCUCAGGUUGUCGAUGUUGCCAUCCUCUCUGCAGAUCUCUUGCAUGCCCCAUACUAAACGUAACCCCAAACCAUGAUUUUUUUCCUUCACCAAACUUGACUGGUUUCUGUGAGAAUCUUGGGUUCAUGCAGGUUCCAGUAGGUCUUCUGCAGUAUAUGUGAGGAUUGGGAUCCAGCUCAAGAGAUAAUUCAUCAAAGAAAUCAACCUUCUGCCAUUUGUUCAAAUGACCAACUAGAAGUCAAGUUGUUAUUUGUUGCUCUUACAACUGGAAUCGACAACAUGACUUUUGGCAGGCAGUUUAGAUGAUUAAAUAGAUUAAAUAUACCAAAGAGUAAAACAGAUGCUCAAUAUCGGUUAAGCAUUUGCAGUUAUCAUUCAUCAUAAAUUUCCUGAGUAACACGAAUGUCCACGGGUCACAUUUUAGGGCAAGUGAACAACUGUUAAUUUGUUAAUACAUUUGAUUUCACCAACUCGCAUGUUACUGUUUAAUCUCUGAAUGAAAGUAAUGGGAGUAAUCAGAUUGGCUGGCCAGAGGGGCGUUUUUCAACAAGUCACCUGAUUGGCUCACAUCAUCUAACAUUAUCUGUAUUUGCAUUCUGUGAUCGAUCUCGUUGUCUCUUGAAGAAUGCAAUGAAUGUGAAAUCAUCCCAGCUAUCUAAAUUGGGCUUAACUUGGCGGCAUAUUCUCAUCCUGGAUCAGCAAAUGUGCACUGAUUAAGAUACAGUAGGUCAAGCCGCACUUUUUCUAUUAUGAUGGCUUUCUUAAUUCUACUUUUGUGCAAUACCCCUCAAGUGAUAUAGGAUGAGUUCAAAUCACAACACUUGAUUAAACCACUAUAAUUAUAGUACUUAACCUGAUCAAACGAAUCUUUUCUAUAUUCUUUUUUUUUCCGUCCUAUUGAUAUCUUUAUCUGCACUUGUUUUAAAGCUGUAAAUGAACACUUUCAGUGUGGGUAAAAAGUAAUAUAUUACAAUCCUAAGACUAUCUUAAUCAAAAACACACAAACAAAUAAAUAAAAUAACACAUACUUUUACAUUAGCAACAUAAAUGUUGUCAGGGAAAUAGCCCAGUGGUUAGUGGUAAUCAAUCAAUGAUUUUAUUUAUUUUAUUAUUAUUAUUAUUAUAAUAACAACAAAAAAAGUCACAGUAUAUACAAAUAAAACAGAGAAUGUCUGUACGAAUAAUACUUUUUCAAUAAUAAGUGAAUUAUUAAUGUAUGCAUUACAACAUAUAAAAUAUAGUUUUUUUCAGUUUGCUUUAUUUCAUAUAUUUGAAUUAUAAAUUAAUACAGUAUCGAAAUACAACCUGGUAUCGUGAUACUUCAGCUGGUAUAGCAUCGUGAAAUGAAUUUAUGGUUUGUGAUGAUAAUACCAUGCCAUUCGAAAAAUGCUUAGUGUUUAACGCUGUAUAAGUCUAAAAUUUAAUUCUUAUUGGACUUAUAAGGGACAUAAAAAGUCUUAAAUUUGAUGAUGCCUGCAGAAAUCCUGUAAUCCCGAAUCCCAUCAAAUCCUAUUCCACUGUCCUGUCAAAAUGGCAACUAAUUAAUUAAAAAAUAAAUAAAAGUAUAUGUAAUGCUAUUUUUUAAAGAUAUAGAUCGGCUUAAGAUUCUAAUAUAUUACUUUCUACCCUACACUGAACACUUUUAAUAUGUAAAGUUUACUGGGUGACAGUUGUUUUCGGGUCUAGACUGGAAACACAAGUAGACAGCUUGCCAAUAGAUCACCCAAAUACACUGCUUGUAUGCUAAAUAUUUUGCACAUUGGUGUUUAAAAGUGACAAACAUUCUUAUGAGUUUAAAAUUCUUAUGAGUUGAUCAAUUUGACAAGAUCCACUAGCUAUCAUCUCCAUUUUCUCAAGCAAAACUGAAUGUUUGCUUUUUCUUUUUAAGAUUUUAUUUACAAUUCUACAUAAUGUACAAUUGUUUCUGCUUAUACUACAGGGCUGCUGUAUUCUUGAUUCUGAUUGGCUGAUGAACAUUCUAAGGUGUGCAAUUAUUUUGAAAUAGACGCACAGCUAAAGUAGUUCUGAUCAGAUUUUGACCGCAUUACAGUUCCAUAUCACUACGCCGAAUGAUUUCAGUUAUUUCAUAUCCGACAACAGUCAAAUAUUAAUCAAAACAUAAGGAUUUACUGGAGAUAAUGACCAAGACUGAUGGCUUGGGUGGUGAUUUGGGUAAUUUUCCGAUGCCAAGACUAUUCAACUAGUUAUUUUGGUGCCAUAAACAUAGAUGCAUCAAACCCGCCAGGAUUUUUAGAGGGGAUUUACAUCAGAGCACAUUUAUUGCUGACAUGAAAAAUACAAUCUAGAUAUUGUUUAAUAAACAAACAAUGCAUCAACUGA